CUCUAAGCUCUUGAGCUGUAGCGAAUGAACGGUAGCGACGGUACUUUCUUAUCAACAUCCGAGCACCUGGAACGCGCUUUUAAUCUCGUUUUUAAUGUGAGGGACGAUACGACUCUUCUUCUCCGGCUCCAGAUAAAGCGAAAGUAACUGAGCCAUGGCGCAGGACAAAAGCGGCUAUGUUCCAAUAACUGACCACAGCCCACAGCAAGGCUCAGGCUUCGGCCAGCCCAGUCCACCUGGAUUUGUCCUUCCUCCUCCGGAUUACGCGGGGAUGCCGAUGGGUCCCGGGGCUCCUGGGGGGCUUCCCUUUCCACCUCCUGGUGCGUUCGGCCAGCCCAUGUAUGGCCAGGGUGGGCCAGGCUUUCCACAAGCACCUUUUCCACAUGCGGCUCCCUACGGUCAGCCUUCCAACCAGAGACCCUACCAGUACGAGCCUAACGAUCCGAUGAGCGAUCCUUACCAAAGCAACGAUCCUCCUCCGUCUUACGACAACGAGGACAUCGUCAUCUCAGGGCUGGACGACAAAUCGAUCAGACGAGCCUUCAUUCGAAAGGUCUUUCUCGUUCUGACGGCCCAGCUCCUCGUCACCUUCUCCUUCGUGGCUCUCUUCACCUUUGAGAAGAACGUCAAAAAAUUUGUGCAACAGAACGUUUGGACGUAUUACGUCUCCUAUGCUGUUUUCCUCAUCCCGCUCAUCGCCAUCAGCUGCUGUGGGGAAUUCCGCCGUAAACACCCGUGGAACCUGGUGGCUCUGUCGAUUCUGACUCUAAGCAUGUCCUACAUGACGGGGAUGAUCGCCAGCUUCUACGACACGGAUACGGUCGUCAUGGCCGUCGGCAUUACUGUGGUGGUUUGCUUUACGGUGGUCCUCUUCUCUAUGCAGACCAAAUACGACUUCACCUCCUGCAUGGGUGUGCUGUUUGUGUGUGUGAUCGUGCUGUUCGUCUUCGGGAUCCUCUGCAUCUUCAUCCGAAACAGGAUCCUGGACAUCGUUUAUGCUUCACUGGGUGCCCUGGUCUUCACCUGCUUUUUGGCCGUGGACACUCAGCUGCUCCUGGGAAAUAAGCAGCUGUCUCUGAGCCCUGAGGAGUACAUUUUCGCCGCACUCAACCUCUACCUGGACAUCAUCAACAUCUUUUUGUACAUCUUACAGAUUGUCGGCAGAAGCCGUAACUAACGCAGGGGAGGAGAAGGUUGUGUAUAAAGUUCUGUACAAGCCUUACAACAUUCCUGGAUAGUUGCUGUUCUAAACCCAGCACUCUGUGAUUUAAGCCUGUUUGGUGGACCUGCUCUGUGAACACCCUUUUAUCCUGAGCCUAAAUCGUCUAAUCCAAGCAAAUGCAAAAAUCUGAAGUUUCAAAUCGUGCAUAGCCUCCUUUAAGGGGUGGAUCAGGUCACCAAACGGUCAUCUUAAAAUCAGAGUUUAAAUGUUCCAUUUCUCCAACUGUAUCGCUGCUUUGACUGUAAAUAUAGAUCAUGCUAAUACUGUUUUUCUUUCUCUAUUUAGUUCAUAUCUGCUGUGAUUUAGGUUUUCGAAUCAGGUGAAAAGUGCAAGAAAAGUUAUAAUUAGAUUAAAAUGCUCUUCACUUCUGUUACUAAUGUUUGGAUAGUAUGGUAUGUUUCCUUAAACAUAUUUAUGAUUUAUGUUAUGCCUUAUGGUUUGACUGACAUUGUUUUAGUAAUAAGUUGCACUGCUGUAGUUUUAGAAGGUUGAUAUUAAUCUUUUGAUUAGUUUCCAGCACUGUGUUCCACAUAAUGUAGAAGAUGAGCUUUAAUCUGCUAAAAAAUGUGGAAUAAACAGAUUUUUUGGCACCUCCUCAGCCAAGUUU